AUGACUACGGCCAUAGUGCCUGCAGCUCACGGUGGGACGUUCGUCAGGCAGAUCUCGAAUAGAAAAUCUGCGAAAUUGGCCAGGUUUUUCAAAAUAUUAUACUCUGCAAACGCAAAGCAGUGCCUCCGCCUUGGAAAAGCGGCGCAUCGCAGCCUCUACCGGCGGGAAUCAGGAGUCGUUGUGGAAAAAUUCGGAGAUCGGUUUGAUUUAUUCCACUGGCAACAUGCACUUUCGAGUAUCCUGUUUUGGGUUCAGGGGCGUCGAUCACCAGCGCUCACCAGAUUUCCGGAGGACACCUAUUUACCGGAACCCGGUCAACACUCAUGA